GGGGUUGGGGGGGAAUUGUUUGGGGUCUGAGCCCUGAUUGGCUGCGCCUGGGCCACGCCCCUGGCCCUUUCCCCCUCUUCCCCCCCCUCGGAAGGGGGGCGUGUAGGCAACCGGGAUCAGCCAGGGGCCAGCAUGAGCCGGAGGGAGGGAAGUCUGGAUCCACAGGCUGACUCCUCAGUCUCACCCCUUCCCCACUUGGAGGCCAAGAUCCGUCAGACACACAGCCUUGCCCGCCUCCUCACCAAAUAUGCCGAGCAGCUGCUCCAGGAAUAUGUGCAGCACCAGGGAGAGCCCUUCGGGCUGCCGGGCUUCUCGCCCCCGCGGCUGCCGGUGGCCGGCCUGAGCGCCCCGGCAGCGGGCCACGCGGGCCUGCCCGCCCCCGAGCGGCUGCGGCUGGACGCGGCGGCGCUCAGCGCGCUGCCGCCGCUGCUCGACGUGGUGCGGCGCCACCAGGCCGAGCUGAACCCGCGCGCGCCGCGCCUGCUGCGGCGCCUGGAGGACGCGGCGCGCCAGGCCCGGGCCCUGGGCGCCGCGGUGGAGGCCGUGCUGGCCGCGCUGGGCGCCGAGACCCGCGGGCCCCCGGCCGAGCCGGCCGCCGCCGCUUCUGCCGCCGCCGCCGCCGCGGGCGUCUUCCCUGCCAAGGUGCUGGGGCUCCGCGUGUGCGGCCUCUACCGCGAGUGGGUGAGCCGAACCGAGGGCGACCUGGGCCAGCUGGUGCCCGGGGGCCCGGCCUGAGCGCGGGGCGCGGGGCCGCAGCUCGCUCGGCGUCCGUCUUCGUCUCUCAGUCGGGGCCUCGGGAGCUCCGACCGUCUGCGUCUCUCUCCUGCCUCUGUCGUCUCUCUUUGCUUUGUAUGCUCUCCGCGCCUCCCUGCCGGACCUCCGUGUGUUCGUGACUUCCCGUGUCCAUCCUUUCUUGCUUCGCCCCGCUUCUUCUCCACCGCUUGGGCCUGCCUCCGUCUCUCUUCGGUCUCCCCCUUCACCCGUCUCUGGGGGGCCUCUUUGUCUCCCCCUUUCUCCAUCUCUUGGCUCUCCUUGGCCCCAUGUGAGCAUGUGUACCUCUCAGCCUCAUCUCAAGGAGGGGACGCCUCAUCAACUCUGGCCUUCCCUGGCCAGGGAGGUGCCUGCUAGCCCGGGUGGGAGGACCACCGCAGACAGAUUGCAGCCACCUUCCCACAGCGUCACUCCCCCUGCUGCGCUCUCCCUCCCGCAUCCCGGCCCUUUGGGUGGGCCCUGCUUGCUUCUCCCUUGGAUGUCCUUCCCCUCCUUCACCUCCUCUGCUCUGUCCCUGCACCUCCCCUCUCCCCAAGCCAGGUCUAUGGAGAGAAAAGAUCAACAACACCUUAAAAGAGUUUAUUUCUGAGAAUAAAUUAAUUUUUUGUAAAUAAAAUGUUUAAAAAUAAAAAGAACACUAGAGUUACCGGUAUAUAUAGUUGUUGAAAAUGGGGAGACACCUUUGAGGAGAAUAGAAUCCUUGGGGCACAGCCUGGUCCCCCAGACAGACCCAAAGGCCACAGUAUAAAUAGGAGAGUCACAAAUGCCCCCAGGCCAGGGAUAACAUCAGUCACUCUAGAACAGGAAGUGGAUGUGCCCCGAGCUGGAAACAUCUACAGGAGUCUUCCUUACUUUUUUCAACUGGACUUCCAUUGAUCGGGAAGUGAAGUCCCUCAAGAUGGAAAGUUGGAACAGUGGCCCUAGUCAGGGAGGUAGGCUAGGGGAGGCAAUGAACUCCAGCAAGAAGGGAGGCCUCUCUGCUCAGAAAGCCCAUAGCUUCCCACAGGAAGUGAGGUAGAGACAAGAAGGCAGCCCCUCGACCUCCCCAAACUUACAGGAAGAGGAAGGUCUCAGGGAGAGCCCAGGAAAGAGACCAGCUGUCCUCUCCCUGCAGAGUGGGAAGUAAAGCCUCUUCAAAAAGGCACUUCUUUCCACCCAGGAUGUGGGCAGCCAGGACCACUGGCUUGAGACUCCACGAAAUGAUACCUGUAGAGUCCCACCCAGAUCUGGAAGGGAGGCCAUAGGACCUAGGCAGGAAAGGCCCAGGCAACAGGGACUUGGGGCCUGGUUCCUAGGAAAUAUUCCCAAAUAUACACGCCCUGUCGGCUAGACAAGACGUGUCUCCUUUCUAGCCAAGAAGCAAGGGAGAAAAGAGUCCAUUGGGAAAGAAGUGUUGCAGCCUCUGACAGGAUGUCCUGCCUCCUCUAUCUGGGAUAUUUGGCCUUGAGCAGAGCCAAGUCCCUCACAGCUCGGUCUGUCCAGUGGCCAUAUUCCCGGGUCACUACAUAGCCUCGACAUUUCCUCUCAAAGGCUGAGGCUCCGAAGGGGACAGCGCCGAGAGUGUCCUCCUCUGGGGGGAUGGGCAGGCCCAGAGCAGUCAUGAUUGCAGCCAUGUUGCCCAGCAGGCCUUGGGCCCUGAGUCUUGCAGCCCCGAGCUGGGCCAGCAGCAUAGGACUGCCAGGGUUCAGGUCUCUCUGGUCGUCCCCCACGAGCUGGAGGUGCUGGGUCAAGGCCAGGAAGGCCCCCUGGGCAUGGCUCAGCCGCUCCCCAUCAUCCAGGGCAUGCCAGGUCUUGAAGGAGACGACGGCAGGAGGCAGGCUGCUGAGCUGAAGCUCAGGGGCUGAGAAGCCAGGGUCACUGAAGGGGCUGCCCUGGUACUGGAGCUGCAUGAGAGACAGAGACAGACGGGAGUGCAGGGACUAAAGUGGUCCCCCGGGGCUCCCCCGAUUUCACAUCUGACAUCUUCCCAGGGGAAGUUGGUGGGCAUCUCCUAGCACAGAGCCUCGCAGUUUCAUGUACAAGUUGUACAACUUUGAAUCGCAGCUUCAGUAAUUGCCAGUCGUCAGUAUUCUCGUGCAAAUGAUAAGUAAUAUAUAGAAAGCACUUAGCACAGCUCCUGGCGUACAAUAAGGGCGUAAUAAGCCACUGUUUAUAAUAUCUUAAUAUCAUGACACUGUGAUUAUAUUAUUUAUUAUACUAUUUUCAGUCUAAAUAAUUGACAAUGUAGUUAGAGUCUAUAUGGUUCUUUCUUAUUCAUAGCAUUUAGUUGUUUGUGCUUAUUUUAUUAGAAUCAUUAAUAAAUAAUUGUUAACAUUAUUAAAUUUAGUUGAGUGCCUUCUCCAUUAAAGUUCUCGCCUCCACAAACCUAGACCCACUGAAUCUUGGUGCAUACUGAUAAAUCCCCAAAUUGAUAGACCUCCUAGUCCUACAUCCCUAGUUCACAGGUGAAGAAACUGAGGCUUAGGGUGCCCAAAGCUACCCAGGGAAUGGUGGCAACUAUGGGACUAGAAACUAGAUUUAGUAACUUCACAUGGACCUGGAAUAUAGUACAGUAAGAGGAGUCACAAACCCUGGCUAGGGGCCAGGCGGAUCGUGUAACUUGGGGAAGAAGGCAGAACUCAGAUGGGGUGAGGGGCUAGGAGGGCCCCUGUGCCUGGUUGAGACAGGCAGCCACGUUCAAAAUUUGAACAAGUAUUUCAUGGCCCGAACAGAAAACAUCUGUGGGUCAGAUUCAGCCAGGAGACUGCUAGUUUGAGCUUCUAGACGG